AUGGCUUCCGAUUCAGCAUCGCAGGUUUCAGUCGGAGCCCUCAGCGCCAUAUUCGACGACACAAAGCCCCAAGUACAAGAACCUAUUCUUCAGUGUGUUCAGAUCAAGCCGUUGCCUCCGCAGCAGAACAACCAAGAACGCUUUAGAGCUGUCUUCAGCGACAUCUCUAAUUAUGUUCAAACUAUGCUUGCUACUCAAUUAAACCACAAAGUUACGAGUGGCUUGCUUCGCAAAGGAUGCUUUGUUAGGCUGAAAUCCUUUCAGGCGAAUGCAGUGAAGGGGAAAAAGAUUCUCAUAAUACUCGACUUAGAUGUUCUUCAAGAACUAGGUGAAAGUGAGAAGCUUGGAGAACCGCGUCCGUUAGAAAACAAGACCGAAGAUGAGGAAAAGCCGCAGCCAACAACUAUCUCAAGCAAUGGAUUUUAUGGCUGCAAGUCUCAAGCUUCCUCUGUGCAGCCCAACAGUCGUCCGCAACCAGCUCGCCCAGCUUUACCCUCAGCGGCUCACACUACGAUUUACCCAAUCGAGGCCAUUUCACCAUAUUCGCAUAAGUGGACAAUCAAGGCUCGUUGUACUAGCAAAUCAAACAUAAAAACCUGGCAUAACAGAAAUACCGAAGGCAGACUGUUUAGUGUCAACCUGUUGGACGACAGCGGCGAGAUUCGCGCAACGGGUUUUAAUGACCAAUGUGACAUGCUUUACGAUAUCUUCCAGGAAGGCAGUGUCUAUUACAUUUCGAAUUGUCGUGUUCAGAUUGCCAAGAAGCAGUUCACAAAUCUUAACAACGACUAUGAACUUACCUUCGAGAGAGACACCGUCGUUGAAAAGGGAGAAGACCAGAGCGACGUGCCACAAGUGCGGUUCAAUUUCACCACAAUCAGCGAUCUACAAUCAGUGGAGAAGGACACUACCAUCGACGUUAUCGGUGUACUGAAAGAAGCUGGAGAGGUAUCACAAAUUGUCUCGAAGACCACCAAUAAACCCUACAACAAGCGAGAAUUGACUCUGGUCGACAAUACCGGAUACUCCGUUCGAUUGACUAUCUGGGGCUCUGCAGCACUGAAUUUUAGCACUCUACCUGAAUCGGUAAUGGCUUUUAAAGGAGUGAAGGUUUCCGAUUUCGGAGGCCGGAGUUUGAGUCUGCUGAGCUCUGGUUCAGUAACAGUAGACCCUGACAUCGAAGAGGCCCACAGGCUCAAAGGCUGGUACGAAGCGCAAGGCAGGGAUGAAGGGUUCAAAUCCCAUGCUUCUAUGUCGGGCACAGCAACAUCCGCCGCCAGACCUGAUCACUUCAAAACCAUAGCUCAGAUUCGGGAAGAGCAACUUGGUAUGUCCGAAGAGGCAGUCUACUUCUCACUCAAAGCCACCGUUAUCUAUAUAAAGCAGGAGAAUAUCUGCUAUCCUGCCUGCCUCUCAGAGGGCUGCAACAAGAAAGUCACCGAGCUUGACCCUGGUCAAUGGCGGUGCGAGCGUUGCGACAAGACGCACCCGCGACCUGAAUAUCGCUACAUAAUGCUUGUCAACGUUAGCGACCAUACCGGUCAACUUUGGUUAAGCUGCUUUGACGAAGUGGGAAAGGUGAUGAUGGGCACUUCCGCGGACCAGAUAAUGGACCUGCGACAAAUGGAUGAAAGGGCGGCUGGUGAAGUAUUUCAAGAUGCCAAUUGCCGUACCUGGAAUUUUCGAUGCAGGGCCAAGAUAGAUCACUUUGGUGAUCAACAGCGAAUUCGAUACCAGGUCUCAUCUGCUAGACCCAUCAACUACUCCGAGGAGGCUUCGCGCUUGGCAGAACAAAUUGAUUUGUAUACCAUUCCUUAG